AUGUAUAUCCCGCUUCAACUGAAAUUUGAGGUUACAUUCGUUUAUGCUUUUAACUUGAAAGAAAAUAGAAUUGAGUUGUGGAACUACUUGAGGAGAAUACAACCAAUGUGCACUAAAGCAUGGAUGGUUCUAGGAGAUUUUAAUGUUGUAUUACGCAAAGAGGACAGACUAGAGGGAAAUACAAUAACACUUGCAGAAGUGACUGAAUUUCAAAGUUGUAUUGACGAUUGUCUUCUUGAAGAAAUGCCUGGAAAUAAAGGUGACUUUGGUAAAGAAAGACUAAAAUCGAGUAAGAGAGUGUAUACUCAGGGACAUACCCUUACAGAAGAACAACGAAUACAACUUUUAGAGCCUGUCACAGAUGAUGAGAUUAAAAAAAUAAUAUGGAGCAUAAACAUCAAUAGAAGCCUGGGACCUGACAGAUAUGGGAGUGGAUUUUUUAGAGCUGCGUGGCAUAUUGUGGAACCUGAAGUAUGUGAUGCUAUUAAAGAUUUCUUUAAGAAUGGCAAAUUGUUGAAACAGCUGAACACUACAGUGAUUUCUGUUAUUCCUAAGAUUGAGAAGCCUGAAUAUGCUAGCCAAUUCAGACUAAUCUAUUGA